CAGUCUCACACCAAAGACUUAGAUAGCCUUUACUGAAAUUUAAAUGAUCCACUAUUUCCUUCAUAAUUAUUGCUCAUACACUCAACAAUAUCUAUAAAUAGCUAAAUGGAUAUCACAACAAUAAUAUUAGAGUAACUAACUAGUCUCUUCCAUCAUAAUAACAACUUCAUUAGAAAACAGAAACUAAAUGGAGUCUUAUUCUAGUUCAUAUUCUUCAUCUAAUAAAUCUUCAUACAUAUCUCAAAACAACAAGGAGGUUAAUGGAUCAAUGAAACAUGAUCAAUACCCUUUUCAAUCCAAAUAUUCUUGGCUUCGCUCAGUAAGAAAGUCACCACUAAAGAAACCGAUGAAAGCGCGGAUAGCACCGAUGCCACCAACACCUGUCAAAGUAUACAAAGUAGACCGUAUAAACUUCAAAGAACUUGUUCAAUCCCUCACUUGUGCACCUGAGUUCACGCCUCCACAGCCUGAUCAUCACAACCUUCAAAGCACAGACAAUAACAUUUCCCAUGACACUGUUCCUUCUCUCCCAAUGCAAUUUUUUUCAAACAGCAGAGUCGACACUGUGGAAGUGUUCCCUCCAUUGGUGCCAGUGGCAGUGAGUACUCCUAACAACUGGUAUCACUACUUUCAAGCUGAAUAUUUUGAGAAGAAUUGUAAGAAUGAUCGGGUAAUGACUCCUGGUUUGUUGGAAAUGAAUCUGCUCUCACCGACAUCUUUUGGUAACUGGUGUUUUGUUCCUCCUAUCAUGAGCCCAACAGUUUGAGUUGUUUGGAGGCUGUUCUGUAUCUAGGCCUUUUAGAAUGGAUUCAUUUUUCUUGUCUCAUAAUUAUUGUUCUAUUAUGCUUUCAUUCCGUUAGCUAAAUAUGUAUUCUUUUAUGUAUGGCACAUGGAUGGCCGGGCCCCAUGCCUGACCUCGGUUCUCCCUCAUGUAUCAUUGUGAAUGGACACUUUAAAAAUAUAAUACAAUAUUAUCUUCUUUUAGCAUUCUUUAAACCUAGUAUUCCGUAUUGGAACAAAAAAGAAUGGGUUCCUUGGUCAAAAUUAUCGUGAAGAUGCUUUUGGUGUGGUGGUGAUGGUUCUUUACUGAUCGAGAAGAUACCCGCAAAUAUGUUAGCAUUCUAAUAUUUAAGUUGAUGUGUGAUUGAGAUAGAAACUUUACAAAUAUGUGUUGAAUCGUACCUUAGUAUAACUCAGUGUCACACUUAUAUAAAAAAGGACGUUGUAACUGUUGGAUAAA